UCCUCGUUUUUAUAAUGGGGGCACUCGGCACUCUGCCUUUUUAGUCUUUGGCCUCUCUUCUCUCUCCACUUUCUCUCGUUCUUUCGCUCCGUGUGUCUGGCGGUCUCGUCCUCGCGGCAAGGUGUCUGGAAGCGUACGAUCUAUGUCCUAGAAAAUACCACUUGUCCAGCUUGAAUCGAUCUAGAUUACGUUGAUUGAUUCUAUCCGAGGUUGCAAAGUUGCAAUGUUUAUGGAUCCGAGCCUGGAGGACCUGUCGGCGUUCCUCAAUGGAUUUAAAGUAGAUGAACCUUUCCAAGAUAUUCCACUACUUCUGCCUGGCCUGCCUCCGCCUCUGCCUCCACUCCCUUCUCCUCCAUUCCCUGAUGCAACUGUUGUUUCAGCAAAUGGGGAAUGUCCUGAGCACUGUGAAAUUAUGUCUGAUAUGCUUCUGAACUAUAUUAGUCAGAUGCUUAUGGAUGAGGAUAUGGAAGGGAAGACUUGCAUGUAUCAGGAGUGUUCAGCUCUUCAAGCGACCGAGAAACCUUUCUAUGAUAUACUUGGUGAAAAGUAUCCUCCAUCACCAGGUCAUCAGCAGUUUUAUGGCGGUGACAACCCUGAGAGCCCAGAUAACGCUAGCGCUUGUACAGGUGAUAGCAAUAAUAGCCAGAAUUGUGGCAGUCAGACUAGUGGCUGUGGUAACAAUGGGUGUGACUCAAAUUGGUGUUCUGAGCAUUUUGAGUGUUGCAACCAAAAUGAGCUGGUCUCCCCUGUUUCGACGUUGCCUAUCAAUUACUCAAGCUGUCCUUUGAGUGGAAAUAUUUAUGCUGCAGAAAACCAUGACGAGGUUUCAGUAGAUGACUUUGUGCUUCCUGAUGUACUUUGUGAUGAUUCACAUGUUUUGCAGUUUAAAAAAGGAAUGGAGGAAGCAAAAAAAUUCCUUCCAAAUGGUGGCCUGUUAUUUGAUCUACAAAUGAAUGGUUUACCACAAGCAUCAAAGCAGGCUGUAAAUAACUUUCUCCCCAAUGGUAAUUUUGUAAUUGACCUAGAAGGAAAUGGUUUACUCCAAAAGUCAAAUGUUGGGGCAAGUCCUGUUCCCAACGGUAGCUUGGCUGUUAACCUGAAGAAUGGUUCAUCACAGGGAUUGAAGAAGCAAGGGAUUAAGUUUCUUUCGAAUGGUUUUGUAUUUGGCCUAGAAAAUAAUCAGGGUAGGGACCCCAAAAAGGAAGCAAAUGGGAUUCUGCCGAAUGGCAAUUUGGUGCUUGAUCUAGCAAGUAAGAAGCUACUGCAAGAUCCAAGGUUGGUUGCUGAUAAUAACGAUGUCAAAGGGGAGGAUGAAAGAGAAUCCUUGGCUAUGAAACAUCUAGAAGAAGCUAAUGGUCAAAAUGGUGUGAGGAGACAUAAGAAUCCGCAUUGGGAAGAUGAGGAGCUAGAGGGAUGGAGGUGCAGCAAACACUCAGCCAUCAGCUCUUCGUCUGAUACCAUUCGAUCGGAAAUAUUCGAUCAGGUUUUGCUAUGCAAAGGAGCAAAUUGUUAUGACUCGGCAACUAAUCUUCGAGAGACCAUGGAGAAUAUCAACAGCAAAAAUAUGCAGAAUGGGUCUUCAAAAGGAUCUAAUGGCACAAAGUCUCGUAACAAGAAGCAGGGUAAGAGGGAGGUUGUGGAUUUGAGGGCUAUCCUUAUUCACUGUGCUCAAUCUAUAGCAACGGAUGACUAUCGGAGUGCAAACGAGCUUUUAAAGCAAAUCCGUCAACACUCGUCCUCGUGUGGCGAUGGUACACAGCGACUAGCACACUGCUUUGCAGAGGCUGUGGAAUCACGCUUAUCUGGCACAGGGAGCCAGAUUUAUUCUGCUCUCUCGACUAAAAGAACUUCAGCUGCAAGCAUCUUAAAGGCAUACCAACUGUACUUAGCUGCUUGUCCUUUUAAGAAGCUUUCUCUUUACUUUGCAAAUCAAACCAUCAUGAAUGUGGCUGAGAAAGCAACCAGGCUGCAUAUCAUUGAUUUUGGUAUACUGUAUGGUUUCCAGUGGCCAAGCUUUAUCCAGCGUCUUUCAGGAAGACCCGGUGGUCCUCCAAAACUCCGCAUAACAGGGAUUGAUUUUCCUCAGCCAGGGUUUAAACCUGCCGAGAGAAUUGAGGAGACUGGACAACGGUUAUCAGAGUAUGCUCGGAUGUUCAAUGUCCCAUUUGAGUACAAAGCAAUAGCUGCCAAGUGGGAGAAUAUUAAGAUUGAGGAUUUGAACUUGGAUAAGGAUGAAAUGUUGGUUGUUAAUUGCUUAUAUAGGAUGAGGAACCUAUUCGAUGAGACAGUUGUGGUCGACUGCCCAAGGGACAUUGUGCUGAAUAAGAUCUGUAAGUUGAAUCCGAAAAUUUUUGUUCUGGGGAUAGUAAAUGGAGCAUACUCUGCUCCCUUCUUCAUCACGCGUUUUCGGGAGGCUUUGUUCCACUUCUCAGCGCUGUUUGAUAUGCUUGAGACAAAUGUACCUCGUGAUCAUCCAGAGAGGAUACUUAUGGAAAGAGAGUUGUUUGGUCGAGAGGUUUUGAACGUUGUUGCUUGUGAGGGCUCGGAGAGGGUUGAGAGGCCAGAGACAUACAAACAGUGGCAGGUCCGGAAUCGUCGUGCUGGCCUUGUGCAACUUCCUUUGAAUCAAGAAAUAGUGUCCACCAUAAGGCAGAGGGUGAAGGAAAUAUAUCAUAAAGAUUUUGUGAUCGAUGAAGACUCUAAAUGGUUGCUGCAAGGAUGGAAGGGAAGGGUAGUUCAAGCUCUUUCAACAUGGGUGCCUGCCCAUCAUCACAAUUGAGCCGAUUGCGUGAGAUUCUCUCUUUAUGGUGAAAGUAAUGUAAAUUCCAUCUGCGGUUCCUACCAUGUCUUCUUCUAUAUCUAUGAAAUUCUAUGCCCGCCUGAGGCAUCCAGAUAUGGGAUAUUUGCAACAGAAACCUGCCUAUCCAGUGACAGAGACGAUUGGGCAAUGAAAAUUCCAGGACUCGCGAAGAAGGGUGUCUUGAGGCAACUUUUGCAAGUUCACUUCUCUAGGUCCGUUACUGUGUCCAAAAUAUGCCUUGUGCAUACACCCACGGGCAUUAUCGGCGCCAGUUUUGAUCAAAGCAUGGUUGGCAAGGGAGCUAUUUAUGGUUUCGUUGGUUGUUUUCUGUUAUUUAGACCAAUUACUUUUGGUUAUUAAUGUCAUGAUAUGUCUAUAUCUAACCGUCUUGUUGCGGUUGGUGUUACCAUGUCAUCUGUUCAUGCCAGUAAUUCAUUUAAAAGGUGUUGCUCGUAUGACGACAUCAGAAAAAAAGAAAACCACUCUACGAGGUCCGCAUCGGACUCUGUACAGUGUUAUUGAUGGUGUUGUUGAGUAUCUUCGGUGCUUCUCAGUGCAUCUUUCCAUGCAUUUGCUCCCAUGCACUUUCAGUGAAUAAAGAACAUUUUGUUAGCA